CAGUCGUGGUGCAAGCAGCCAUGUUGCCGCGAGCUUGUUCCGGUAUCAGGGCAGGAUCGUGCGCAUAGACCUGCAUUCGGGCGCAGCUCCUCGCCUCUCUGCCCCUGUCGCCCGUGGCGCGCGCACACACACACCUCCAAACAAGAGAACCCCCCGGUUACUGAUUAUGGAUUUUACAACCUGAUGAUCCUCCCUUCAGUCGGCCGGUCACGGGAAUAACAGCAGUCGCUGUACCGAGAGGACGAUCUGGUAUAUCGCCACACUGCAGUGCAGCAGCAGCAGCAGCGGCGGCGGCGGCGGACGACCUUAUUCCGAUCACGCAACCGAAGGGAAGAAGCGCUGGUGAUUUCCGUGGAUUUCUGUGGAGUUCCGUGGGCUGCGCUGUGGCAGUCACCGCCGCCGCGGCCGCUGGAGGAGAAGCUAACUCGGCUAGCUCCGGCUCGGGAAGAAAGCAGUGAAGUCGCUAGCUUUAUGGGCUAAUAUCGGCGAGCCACUCCGCUCGGCGCAGCGCAUCAAGUCGCGUUUCUCCUCUGCCAUGUGAGCAUUUUUUUUCAUGUUUUUUUUUUUACACACAGUGCUGCUUUUAUAGUAUUUCCCGGAGACCCUGCCCCUGGAUGCCUCGCUGGGAACAUUCAACAAUAGUUUGUGUGCGAGUUGGGAAGGUCGAGAGCUCGCCGGGAAUAACUUUGGCCUGAAAGUUUGUGAGAGCCCAGAGCUGGUUUCAGCCCCCCGGGGGAGAGACAUCUCAGCCCCGCAGAAAAAGAAGAUACAAGAUAGACGGCGACAUUGGGUUCACGAAAGCGACGCUGGAUGUACAUCUUUUUAUUGUGGACUUCGGCGACAGUCGGGGCUCUCCGGAGACGCUAGCUAGCAACCUCGCAGGUUAGCAUGCUAGCCACCUAACUGAACCUCAGCACAACCCAUUGCCCAACUUUUUUUUUUUUUUGAACUAGCCCAAGUUGCUAGCUGGCUGAAAACGUCACCGCGGCAGGUUGUUUGCUCGCCGGCCCCCGAUCGACGCCGACACGCGCUGAUCGGAAACCGAACGUCUUCACACCCAGUGCGAAAGCCGAACAAGACGUUUCGCUUCACCUCGGGUGUUCUUCCCCCCCCCGUGUGUGUGUGUGCGCUUUGUUGACAAACAUGGGACGUGCGCUCGCUGCUAGCUAGUGUCGAGCUAGCUGGCUAACUCGGCUAGCCGCGGAUGCGGGAUCCAACUUGUUGAUUCACGGGUUCGUCUGUGGCGCUGCUAGCUGGCCAGGCGCUGAACAUCUGUUUGGAACAUUCACCCGCUGCCGUCCGCCACCCACGUUUUUAAAUGCAAAAUAGACACUGAUGAGUCGUUCUUGUUUCGCUGCUCAUUAACCCCCUUUUUUGGCAACCCCCCCUCUACCCCCCAAGUCUUUUUGAAAAAAUGUCAACAAGGCCCCCGCUGGUGCAAGUCAUUGAAAACUCGACCGGACAGGAGUCCAAGUCAUCAUCCGGCCGAUCCAGCAUGCCGCGAUGUCGGAACUCCGUCUCCACGACCACAUCAGAUGACCAGCCACACAUCGGUAACUAUCGGUUGCUGAAAACCAUCGGCAAAGGCAACUUCGCCAAGGUCAAACUGGCGCGACACGUCCUCACCGGAAAAGAGGUGGCUGUAAAGAUCAUUGAUAAGACACAGCUCAACUCCUCCAGUUUGCAGAAGCUCUUCCGUGAGGUGAGGAUCAUGAAGAUGUUGAAUCACCCCAACAUAGUCAAGCUCUUCGAGGUCAUAGAGACAGAGAAGACUCUGUACCUGGUAAUGGAGUAUGCAAGUGGAGGAGAGGUCUUUGAUUACUUGGUGGCCCACGGCAGGAUGAAGGAGAAAGAAGCCCGUGCCAAAUUCAGACAGAUUGUGUCAGCAGUGCAGUAUUGCCAUCAGAAGUGUAUAGUACACAGAGACCUCAAGGCGGAGAACCUGCUGCUCGAUGCAGACAUGAACAUCAAGAUAGCAGACUUUGGCUUCAGUAAUGAGUUUACUCUGGGGAACAAGUUGGACACGUUCUGCGGCUCCCCGCCCUACGCGGCCCCGGAGCUCUUCCAGGGCAAGAAGUAUGACGGGCCUGAGGUGGACGUCUGGAGCCUGGGGGUCAUCCUGUACACACUGGUCAGCGGAUCGCUGCCCUUCGAUGGACAGAACCUCAAGGAAUUGAGAGAGCGCGUGCUGCGAGGUAAAUACAGGAUUCCCUUCUACAUGUCUACCGACUGUGAGAACUUACUCAAGAAGUUCCUCAUCCUGAACCCCUCGAAAAGAGGCAGCCUCGAGCAGCAGAUCAUGAGGGAUCGGUGGAUGAAUGUAGGCCACGAGGAGGAGGAACUCAAACCCUACAUUGAACCCCAACCAGAUUAUAAGGACCCCAGAAGGACAGGUGGUUUUGCCGUGUGUGCAGACAUCAUGCUGCAGAUGGGAUUCUCUCAGGAGGAGAUCCAGGACUCGCUGGUGAACCAGAAGUACAAUGAUGUGAUGGCUGCAUACCUGCUACUGGAUUAUAGGAACUCUGAGCUGGAUGAAGGUGGCAUCAAGCCUCGGCCAGGAAGUGAUGUAAGCAACAUAAACGCCCCCUCCCCGCCUCACAAGGUACAGCGCAGUGUGUCAUCCAACCAGAAGCCUCAGAACCGAAGAACCACCGACCAGGGUGAGAUUGGCUCCUCCUACUCUAAGAGGGGGGGUCAAGCAGACAACCGGACUGCAGCUGAGGAUUCUGGGAGGAAGGGUUCAUCGGGCAGCUCCACUACCAAGGUGCCGGCCAGCCCUCUCGUCUCCUCUGACCGCAAGAAGAGCGCCACGCCCUCCACCAAUAGCAUCCUGUCCACCGGCACCGGUCGCAGUCGGAACUCUCCUCUGACCGAGAGAGCCACGCUGAGCCAGGGUAUCCAGAACGGCAAGGACAGUCUAAACACUCCGGGCUCCCGCGCCUCCACUGCCUCGGCCGCUGCCGUCCUCUCCUCCUCCUCCUCGCGUCCCCGCCACCACAAGUCCCUGUCCUCCUCCAAUCAUCCAUGCCCCUCUGACCUGCACGCACCACGGCCCAGUGCUCCUGCGCAGCGGGCGCCCGGUGCCUCCCCGUCUGCCCACAACAUCAGCAGCGCUGCCUCGUCGGACCGCACCAACUUCUCCAGGGGGGUGGGCAUUCGCAGCACGUUCCACGCUGGCCAGCAGCGGGGUGCCCGGGACCAGCAAGGCUCCGCCUACCCCGGAGGGCCCGCGUCCCCAUCACUGUCACACGGCAACAGCCAGGCCCGGAGGGCACAUGGCGCCACAGGGAUUUUCAGCAAGUUCACAUCCAAGUUUGUACGCAGAAAUCUCUCGUUCAGGUUUCCGAGAAGGAGUCCGUAUGAGGGAGAGGGUCGGGAUGAGGGGAGCAGGUCCAUGCUGAGCAGCACAGUGGACAAGUCGGAAAAGACGUCCGGUGGCGUUCUCUCCACCUCGACCAACAACGACGAGAACAACUCCUCACCAGGAUCUGGUAACACCGGUGGCACCGGCACCCCUCCGGCCAUCGGCAGCCAGAAGGACUCUGCCAAGCCGCGCUCGCUGCGCUUCACCUGGUCCAUGAAGACCACGUCAUCCAUGGAGCCCGCCGAGAUGAUGCGCGAGAUCCGCAAGGUGCUCGACUCCAACAGCUGCGAGUACGAGCUGCGCGAGCGCUACAUGCUGCUGUGCGUCUCGGGCAACCCGGCGCGCGACGACUUCGUCCAGUGGGAGAUGGAGGUGUGCAAGCUGCCGCGGCUCUCCCUCAACGGCGUGCGCUUCAAGCGGAUCUCGGGCACGUCCAUCGCCUUCAAGAACAUUGCCUCAAAGAUUGCCAACGAGCUCAAACUGUGAGUGCGGAGGAGCCGUGGGGGGAGACAAGGCGGGAGGGGGCGGGGGUGGGAGGGGGCGGGGUGGCGAGGAUGAAGGCGAUGUAGGUGCGUUGGGGGCACUGCGGAGGUCAGGAGGUAAGCUAAAGGGUGGGAUCACUUUAAAAAUCACACGAUUGUUAUGGAGGCGAAGGUCUGAGGUGGGGCCGUCGGUUCUCUGAGACGGGACGACGCUCCGGUUCUAGGUUUGUUCCUGAGGUUCGCGAGGCCCUGCCACCAGGAACUCUGAGCUGAUGUCCUCUGAGUUGUGAAGUACUUACAGACCAAGGUCUUUUCUCUCCCUGCUGUUUAUUUUUUUGUUUUGUUAUUUUCGGGGGGGGGGGUCACGUUGUACUUAGACGUUCCACUCUUCUGCAUGUCCGAUCUGCUCUCUCUGUUUUUAAAGGAGUCCCACUUUGACCACUCCUGUCACUUCUUCCUGCUAUUUAUUCCGUUUCUCUGCACUGUUCUCCUGGGGGAGGGGAGGGGAGGGGACUUGGAUGGUGGACGAAGAGAGCGGAGGAAUGCUAAAAAGAAAAUAUUCUACUCUCUCGCUCUCGCUCUCUCUGAAUCUGUGAAUGAUUGACAGAAAAGUUUGGAGCCUCAUUUUGCUGGAAAACUCAAAAGGAGUUUUAAUUGAAUUUGUUCUGAUUGUUCUCCAAAACUGAAGGGACUCCAACUGAGCCAGGACUUGGGCUGCCGAAGCCACUAACACACACACACACACACACACACACACACACACACACACACACACACACACACACACACACACACACACACCUCUAGAUGGAUUAAGGAUGGACGGACUAUGCUGUCGUUGGUUAAAGGACCCUCUCCACCCACCUCACCUCCUGCUCUGAAUCCAUCCCUCCACCACCUCCCUCCUCCCUACACACACACACACACACACCUCUUCACCUCUUCACCUCCCUCUCUUUCCUCUCCUCUAACUAAAACUGAACUCAGCACAAACACAUCCAUCAUUUCACCUUGUCACUCCCCAUUUCCUCCUUAUUAAUUAUUAUUUUCUUCGCCACCAUCGAGUCCGAGGAGGCCAGUUCGACUUUUUUUUGUCAUCGUCAAUCGUACGGGCUGCAGCAGCUUUGAGACUGUACUUGAUUUCUAUUUUUAUUUUUUUAUUUAGUUUCUUCUUAUUUUAUGGCUUUUGAAAAGAGUUGUGCACUGGAAAAGGGGGGGGGGGGCAUGUCGGCACCUGGGGAGGGAAGGACAGUUCGUGGGACGGGGUCGUUGAUGGAUGUUGUGUUGCCUUUUUUGAAGAAUAAAAAUUAGAGUUUUGUUUUUUGUUGCAUACGUCAGCACACAAAUGUUUGAAUGAUGAUAAAUUCAUGUGUAUUCUUUAAAAAACAAAAGUUGGUAUCACUUUGGUUGGCAUCACGCCUUCAUAUCCAGAAUGUCAACCCUGAACCAACACAUUUCUUGCCCCCCCCCCCCCAUCACCCUCUCAGCUACACAUAUUCCCAAAGAGCAAACACACAACCAAGGUGUCAUUGGAGUAUGUAACAUUAUGCGUGUGUGUGAGUUUAUCGAAGAUCACUGGAAAAAAAAAGAAGGAAAAAAAAAAGAAAAGAAACGACGACAACGAAUGGUGAAUUAUUUUCUUCUUCUUCUAAUUUUAAUUUGAUAAUAUAUUUUUGUGUCGUUGCAAAUUUUUUGGUUUGUACAGAUUAGGAAAUUUUGUUGUUGUUUUUUUUUUUUCGGGAGGGGGAUGGGACUGGUUGUGUCAGAUCAUAUCAUUGCUGCCUUUUCAGUGUAGUGCAACUUUACCACACACGCACAGAGACACACAAGAAUCAGAUUGAACACAAAACCCCUCAAAGUGCAGGAGUUGUCGACGUAUUUAAUGAUGAUGGUGGUGGUGAUGACUACUGCUCGCUCAUAUUUUAUUUUAUUUUGUUAGAUACAUUUUUUUUAAAGGCGUUAUCGAUCCAGAAUGACUUGAGGCAGAAAGCAGGAAAUACUUCUCUUCAUAUCGGAACACGUGUUCGCUUUCAAAACAAAAAGAGUGGAAGUCACUCACUCUUCUUCUCUCAGUGAAUUUGAUCCGAUAGUUCGUCGAAGCAGAACAAAACAUCCACACACUCACGAGCGCAAACACACACACACGGGUGGGGGGGGGGUUAGAGAAGGGGGACAAGGCUGAGUCCCGUCAGCUGGUUGUACCUAACUUAACACUCUUUCUUUCUUUCUUUCACAAUGACACACUGUCGUUUAUUUGUUUCUCUCAGUUUUUAAUACGUCAGAUUUUUUUUUUUUUCUUUCAAAGUUGAUCAUUGUAUUAAGGUGCUGGGUAUUGGAUUCUAAUUAUUAUUCUGGCUGUUGCUGUUAUAUUAUCUCUCUUUCAGGGUUGAUUUUAUUUUACAUUAUUUUUUUGUUUUACAUUGCUGUAAUUUACAUUGAUUUUAAAUGUGUUUUGAGCAAACUGUAACUGUAGUGGUGGGUUUUUGGGGGUUGGGAGGGGUGAUCAACUCCUGAACAAUGUAUUAUUUGUUUGUUUUUGUUUUUUUUGUGCAAAGACAAAAUGAUGAAAAAUUACAAUGAUAGUAAUAAAAACAAUGAUAUAAUAAUA